GGAAUAGUUAUAAUUCCGCUAAAACGAAGUACAGUAUAUCAGUUUAAACAGGAAGCGCGUGCACUGUGGCAUAGAAGUCUACGACGCAGAUUUCUGAUUACAGACCAUGGGCUCUAGGAGAGUCCCUUAAAGGCAAUUCCGAGCUUCCCAAGGUGAUGGCUUGAUGUCUAUCUAGAAGCUCCAAGAUGGGAAAAGAACGGAAGUGCAUUCUCUGCCACAUCGUUUACAACUCAAAGAAGGAGAUGGAUGAGCACAUGCGAAGCAUGCUGCACCACCGAGAGCUGGAGAACCUAAAAGGCAGGGACUGUGACCACGAGUGCCGCGUCUGUGGGGUGGAGGUGGUGGGGCUCACCGCCUACGCCAACCACAUCUCCAGCCCCCUGCACAAGAGCGCAGUGAAGGCGCGGGACAGAGAGGACGAGGGGAAGGAUGAGUGUGAAGAAGAGUACUUCGACAGGGACCUCAUCCAGCUUAUUGAGCAGCGCAGAGAGCAGAGCCGUAGGGAGAAAGAGGAAGCAGCAAAAGCAUCUUUGAAUGAAGAAAACCAAAGGCACCAGCAGAGAAAUGAAGAGAGACAGAGCUACCUGGAAAACCAGUCUCGCUGGCAUCACCAAAGGCCUCCGCCCAGGAACUGGGGGUGGGAUGACAGCAGGUUCCCGGGAAACCGUAAGGGUUGGGGAAACCCCUGCUGGCAGUCAGGUGGGGGUCCCUCUGGUAGGCAUCCGGGUGAAGGACAGGGAAACUGGCAUGAAAACAGGCAGGGCAGGAAUGCCAGCUGGCACCCUGAAGGAUCUGCAGGUUUCUCUAAUUGGUAUCCUGGCAGAGGAGGGGGCAACUGGGGAUCUAAGUGGGGUUUUAACGGAUUCCUGCCCCUAAGGGACAAAGCCCAGCCGAUGAACAACAACUAUGGUUGGAACAGGUUCUACUGGGAUCGACAGGAUGGGAAACAAGGUUCCGCGACACCAGGAGUGAACAGGACCUCCAAUUUCGAUUUCAACACCGACAAUAUCCCUAUGAGAUGUUCUUUCCAUUAUCGUCAGACGGAGAACCUGCCAGCCCCCACAUCAGAAAGGAGCAAUGGGAAAAACUUGAAUAAUGCUCCCAAAGACAAACCGCACCGCUGGGCUCCAUAUCCUCCAUCAAAAUUCCAGGGCACAGAAUCCAAACAGACUGAAAGCAGGCCAGGGGGUGCACAGCAUUUUCAGGUUGUGCCACCAAGACUGAAUGACCUAAAAAUUAACUUUGACUUCAAGCAAAAUUCACCACAGGUAUGUCAGAGGGAUCAGGCAGGGCUUAAAAGCACCAGUGACCCAGCAGUGACCUCUAAAGACAGUGAAGCAGUACGACCAAAAGGGAAAUCCCCCAGAAGAAGCAGCAACAAUGUGUGCAUGCCCUCAGUGAAGUCUGGUGUUGCAGCACCCAGUGAGCAGUCAAGCAUUUUAGCAAACGAAUCUCUCUUCAAAGCUUCUUCUGACCCCAAGUCUAACUUGAGUGCCCUCAACCUGGAAACGGGCUCAGGCAAGAACACGUCUUAUGUCUCCAAACUUCGGAGUGCCAGCUCCCAGAACAGCAGUGUCCUUGGGGAGCAUGACAGCUCGUUAACAGAGAUGCUCAGAAAGGCAAAGGAGGUCCUUAAGGAUGAUGAAUCCCAGGAUACCCCCUCUGACCAAGCCAUGGAAGAACAGGCUUUCCACUUCAGCAAAGAUCUACCAGAAAGGUACAAGAAAAGUGUGAGCAAAGAGGAAAAAUCCAAAAAGAAUGACCUUUUGGAAGACAUCAGCGAUGGAGAUCUUUCUGACUGUGGGAAAGCCCAGACCAAGGAGCCUAAAAAUAAAAAUGCAAGCUCUUCUGCCAAAGAAACGUCGACAGACAGAUUAUCUCCUUCAGCUUUAAGAGCAACCCCAUCGCAAAGCAUGUCCUUACAAUCGAUAGAUGUGAGCACAUCCAGCACAGAGAGCACAGCUCUUCAGGGCUCUUGUACGUCUGCCCCAGAGAAUGGAGGGCAGCAGGAGUAUGCUGAGGGCGAAGAGGUUGAGCAGAGCAUGCAAGGAGAAGAAAGCCAAGCCUCAGACUGUGAUCUGUCCAAGGGGAAUGGUCAGCACCCUGCUGGGUCUCAGGUGCCCGACUUAAGCAAACUGGGCCUGCCUGCCUUACUGCAGAGGGACCUGACGCGGCACAUCACCCCUAAGAGCAAGACUGGCACCCAUGAGCCCAACCUCAACAUUGCUCGACGCAUCCGUAAUAUCAGUGGGCCCCGUAAGAGCGAGUCGGAGAAGGACUCAGGGCUGAAGCCCACCCUGCGCCAGCUGAUUAGCAGCUCGGGAUCCCGCAGAAACGUCAACUGGGACCAAGUGUACCAACAAGUCAGCCGGAAGAAACAGGAGCAGGGAAAAGGACAGCCAAGGUUUGGCAUAGAGAUGGUGACUCCGCUGCCCAGUGACUUGGAGGAGGGAGCUGAUCCUCCUUGUCUGGAAGGCUUUCAGUGGGAAGAUAUUUCUGUAAUGCAGACUGCCACCACUCGCAAGCGUAGCCUGUCUGAGAGCAGUGUGGUCAUGGACAGGCCCACUUCCUCCUACUGCCUGUUCACAGACGGGUCUGCCGAGGUUGGCACAGAGCAGGGCGAUGGCGUUCAUGGGCCAAUACCAUGUGGGGUGACCUCCGACCUCAAGCUGUGUCCACCUGGAUGGCAGACUUCCAAGGCAAGGCAGCAGCCCGAGACUGGGCAGGAGCAGAAGGCCGAAGCCACCGAGUGCACUUCUGUCAUGAAGGAGAUGCCCGUUGUGAAGAGAGAGGGGGAGCAGGCCUGGAGCCUCUCGCUAGGCCCCGAGAGCGAGAGUACGGCCAGGACCGAGGGAGCGGAGGGAACACUUCGGGGGCCGGACUCCCUUGAGGGAGACAGCAGCUGCACCUCUGGGACCGAGCAGAAUGACACACAAGGAGUGGGGAAGAAACGCAGAGCAGCAGCCGAUGUUCCGUCCCCAGAAGUUCCCGCUUUAGAGAGGAAGAAUAAAAGAAGGAAAAUCAAGUCCAAAAAGGAGCGCACCCAGGUGGACCAGCUCCUGAGCAUCUCUCUGAGGGAGGAGGAGCUGAACAGCUCCCUGCAGGGGGUGGACGCCAGUCUGCUGCAGGCCCGGGCAGCCCUGCAGGCUGCCUACAUUGAGGUGCAGCAGCUCCUCGUGCUCAAGCAGCAGGUCACCAUGGAAAUGAGUACGUUAAGAACUAAAAGAAUUGAGAUCCUGCAGGGAAUGCAAGAGGGAUUUGACGGCCCAGUGGGAGAGGAGCUGGCAGCGGGAGACAGACCAGCAGCUGCCACACAUCCGUCCCCCUUCUCUCCCACGCUUGAGGGCACUCCGGGUCCCGCGGGCCAGCCCCCUCCCACUGUUUUCACCCCCUUGCCCCUGCACGUUGCCCCUCUGGCCCCCCUCUCGCCAGCCGAUCCAGCCGCCGUCGCCCUCACGGUGUGCGUCAAGCAGGAGCCCGUCUCCCCAGGCAGACGGCAGCCUCUCCUGACAGCCGGCUCCCAGGACCCGCAGCCCCGGCCCUCUUCCGCCAGCCAAGAUUGCGUGAAGCCCGUUUCGUGCUGCUCCCCAAGCCUGUCUCAGCCAUCGCCGGGCUCCCGGCAGCAAGAGAAGGCCUCUCCCACGAGCUUGGGAACCUCUGCGGCACCAGACAGGCCAGGCACCCGGGUCCAGACGCUGGCCUGUCCGAGCAGAGAAGCGGCACACCGGAGCAAGAGGCCAGAACCUGUGGCAGAGUCUUCCGUGGUGGCACCAUCACCAGAGACCAAGAGCGGGAAGCGGGUGAAGAAACUGAAGAAGAAGAAAUCCUUGAGAAAAGCGAGCGACGUGCAGGACAACAGUGACACAGAGCAGGAUGGUGACAGCACGCGGCCCACCAGGAAGGCGAAAUCCAGAAAAAUCCCCAAAGGAGGGCGGGUGAGCACGUCAACUUCACUGGGCCUGGGGGAGGAGGAGGCAGAGCAGGGCAGGGAGGCCAGGCCAGGCCAGGGCGGCACACCUCUCCUCGUGGGGCUGGAACAGGGCACCGCGGACAGCGACUCCUCUCUGGAGGUGAUGGAGGUCCCACGCACGCAGCUGGAGGUGGUCUCCAUAGACUCGUCCGGGGAUGAGAAGCAAGGGUCCCUGGCCAAGGGAGAGUCCUCCUCUGCGGCUACACACCAACAGCAGGAAGCCCAGAAACUGGGCUGUGACGAAGUCAGCUCCACCAGUGAACUGGGCACAAACAGCAGGGGCAAGAACAAGGGAAGUAAAACCCAGGUACCUUUGUCUUCUGUGAAAGGAUCAAAGAAUUCUUCAGAGGUGUCAUCGGAGCCUGGCGAAGAGGAGGAGCCCACAGAGGGGGCAUUUGAGGGCCACCAGGCUGCUGUGAACUCCAUGCAGAUCCACAAUGGCUUGCUGUACACCUGCUCUGGGGACAAGACAGUGCGAGCCUUCAGCCUGGUUACCCGCAAGUGUGUGGCUGUGUUUGAAGGGCACACAACCAAAGUGAACUGCCUGAUGGUGUCCCAGGGUCCUGGGAUGCCUGUGUACCUGUACACCGGCGCCAGCGACCACACAAUCCGCUGCUAUAACGUCAAGACCUUCGAGUGCGUGGAGCAGUUCUGCCAGCUGGACCGAGUGCUGUGUCUUCACAGUCGCUGGAAAGUGCUGUACGCUGGGCUGGCAAAUGGGACGGUGGUCAGCAUCAGCUUGAAGACCAACAAGCAGCUAGACGUGUUCGAGUGCCACGCCCCGCGGGCCGUGAGCUGCAUCGCCACCGCCCAGGAGGGCGCGCGGCGGAUCCUGCUGGUGGGGUCGUACGACUGCACCAUCAGCGUGCGGGACGCCAAGAGCGGCCUGCUGCUGCGCACCCUGGAGGGUCACACCAAGACAGUGCUGUGCAUGAAGGUUGUGAAUGACCUGGUUUUCAGUGGAUCCAGUGACCAGUCGGUCCAUGCUCACAACAUCCAUACCGGGGAGCUUGUGCGGAUCUACAAAGGCCACAGCCACGCCGUCACCGUGGUGACGAUCCUGGGGAACGUCAUGGUCACAGCUUGUCUGGAUAAACUGGUGCGCGUCUAUGAACUGCAGUCUCACGAUCGACUGCAGGUUUAUGGUGGACACAAGGACAUGGUGAUGUGCAUGGCGAUUCACAAGAGCAUGAUCUACACGGGUUGCUAUGACGGGAGUGUCCAAGCAGUACGCUUGAACCUGAUGCAGAACUACCGCUGUUGGUGGCACGGCUGCUCUCUGAUUUUUGGCGUGGUGGAUCACCUGAAGCAUCAUCUCCUGACAGACCACACCAACCCCAACUUCCAGACCCUCAAAUGCCGCUGGAGAAACUGCGACGCCUUCUUCACCGUCAGGAAUGGGUCCAAGCUGGACGCUCCCAGGCACAUGCAGAAACAUGCGGAAGAAGACAGCAAAGUGGAUCCUUAAUGACGAAACUUUCCCACAUUGGGAAGCAUGUUGGAAAACCCAAAGAAAAAGGCCUCCUUGCGUUGUCAGCCUUUCCACCUCACCUGACCCAGAGGCCCAGGAGGGACAGUCUUAUUCCCAAUGGAUUAGAUAUGAAAGGGGACAGGGAGGGCCAGCUGAAGGCUGGCUCAGUCCACCUCCUCAGAAACACCUGCACUGUGGCUGUGGCAGGCAGGGCUGUCACUCAGCUGCUAUAUUGUGAAUCCCUGGUUAGCAGAGGAAAACAGAGGCUGUCCCCAUGAACCCUCAUCCAGAAAUAUGACUGAAAAGAGCUCAGCUAUUAUUGUUGGAGGGCUCUCUUCAGGCAUAUUUGUCGUCUUUUUUCCCUCUGUGCUAGUAUUUCUUAAAAUUCUGUUGCCUGACAUUUUUUGUUGUUUUUUAAUACAGACCAAAAAAGUAAAACUGAGCAGUCAGCUCUUUGUUUCAGAGAAACUUAAGCACAGGUGUUGUCGUCUGCAUAGCAGUUACUUACUGAAGGAAAUGUCACAGAAACCUAUUUGCCCAACUGUAUGGGUAGGGGGUUAGAAAAACUACACUUAUAGUGUAUGAAACAGUUUUCUGAGCAGUGCAUCCUGGUUUUAAAUAAUAUUGAAUUUUUCUUCAUUUCCUGGAUUUGACACCUUACUGAUAGCAGUAUUUACAAAUUGGUUAAAUACAAACUAAGUUUAUUGCUAACUGGAUAACUACAAUGUAUCAUAUAAUAUUGAUAAAUUGUUUAAGAUCCUGACUAACGGGGUCUUUGUAGGCAGUUGAAAAGAUUGUUUUUGUACUUUAGAACAAUUAGAACUUUUAAAUUUUUUUCUGUAGCAGAAAAUGUCCUGCAAACCUAUGCCUAUGGAACCAGAAUGCUGUGCAAAAUUGCUGGUUGUCUUGCUGACAUCACCUGCAAGAGCCACGGUCCUGUGUUGUUAAUACUGAACGUGACAAGGGCCUUCGCAACAGCAUUGCACCAGCUGUGAACACUGAUGUUUCUGAGUUUCCUUGAGGCUAAAUAUCUCUAUACCUUUCCUACCAAUCCUGCUGUGUCCCAGUACUGUCUGUUGGGCUGCAGCAGAGUGACUAAGCUGAGCAGCUUUAAAGAGAAUACUGAAAUCUGUGGAUUUAAAUCCACUUUAAAAAAGCUGCUUCCUUUCUUUCUUUCUUUCUUGUUGUUUUAAUUACUUAGAAAUAUAUUGAUCGGUUUGAAUGGGUUUCUGUUGUUUUUCUGUUUUUUUUUUUUUAGAUUGUGUUGUGAUUGCAAACUACAAGUUGGUGUGAAAGAAUAGGCCGCAUACCUGAAGUGCUAUGGUCUUGAAGUGCCUAAAGUUGAGUUUUUAUGACAGGAAAUUGUUUGCAGUGAUGGUACAGAGCACGAUUACAGUGUGUGUGUGGUUUCAUUGCAGCCAUGGGUAUUAGUGUAGAGUUUAAUACCUCUGCUUGUGCUGAACAUUUCAGUGGUGAAUAAGUAUUGCACCUGAGUCAUGAAAAGGAACACCAUACUCGAGUUUGUUGUUGUGUGUAUUUGUUAUAUUUCCUUAUGUUAUUUUACUCACAUGGUACUCACCAUGUCCCCAGUGAUGCCAUUUUCACAUGUCACAUCAUACAAAUGCUGUUUAUUGGCAGCAUCGGUGCCAUACCAUAACCAGGUUGAACCUCCUGUGUGGUUUCUCAUUUACUUUGUGUGUUUGGAGGAAUCAGAUCAGCAGUCGGAAAUCAGUUCCUUUUCCUUCACAUCUGUGACGUGAAGUGCCUCAGUGUCGCAUAUAGAACGCAUCAAAAAUGUAAACUGCUUCUUUUCCUAGUUUCUUGUAGUCUUCCAUUAGAGUGGGUAUCUCCGGGUGCCAUUUCUCCACUCAGCUUUGGAUUGUCACGUUCCUCACUAGCGGAUACUGAUUAGAGAGAAUAGCAAACGGCCACUUAGCACAUGUGCUGCAGACAACCAAUGCCUUCAUCUCUUUUCUGCCCCUCACAGAUUCAUGUUUUCACUUGAAAAGUUGCGUUCAUGGUUGUGUGCUGUAGGAUUGAAGCCAUUGGCACUGUAGCUUCAUAAAAGAAAGGGCUCCGGCCGUCUUUUACUAUUCCAUCUCUUUUCUCGAGCAGCGAAUCACGUAGAUGCAUAGCAAAACCGGUUUAGUUCUCUGUUCUGUUUUUCUUUCCUCACACACGUCUGGGAGCCUAAAGUUCUGCAGAUGUUAGAUGACAGUUACAACACGUUAUAAACGAUGAAAGUGUAGAUGAAAGUUCUUUUUUUAACCGUGUGAGUGUUUUUGUACUUUUCUGUAUUUGUUUACAGUGUUAAUCCUGUAAAGAGUAUUUUCAAGCAUGAAACACAGAUUGUGAGAUCACAGCCCUUCGCAUUUGGCUUCUUUUGUUUCUUGAAGUCUAAAUGGUGAAUAAAAGACUGUAUCAGGAAUAUGAACACAGAUUUCCAUACCGUACUUGGAACAUGAGCAGAAAUAUUUUGUUUAAGAAACUCUUUGGUUAGUAUUUUUAGUAUCAUUUUUAUAUAGUAAGAAAAGAUCAUUUAAACUUACAUACUUGAAGCCUUGACAUUUUAAAAUUGUUUUUUUAAAUCAGACUACUUAAGUGAUGAGUAUUUGAAAUACUGUGCAUUGUGAGUUACCCUGCCAUUCUGCUGAAUUUCUCUCCUAAGCACCAGUUAUUGAUCCUUAAGUUUUUAAAAGGUAUUUGUUGUGAUUCAAAAUUUUCGUUACUGGCUUGUAUAACCGUCUGGUUCUGUUAAGUGUCACAUUAUUUUCCUGAAGUGCAAAACCUUGUCUUUGGGGUAUCAUUUUGAGAAAACAAUGCAGCAGUUUCAGUGCUGCCUUUCCAUAAUUUCUUGACAAUACCUUUUCAUUUAAGGUACAAAGCUGUGAAGUUGUUGAAAUUUUAUAAAAGAAAGGAAACCUGCAAAAGAAAGUAAAGUUUGAAGCUUUCCUGAUAUUUAA